GAGGCAACCGCUCGCACUGGCGCAACGAGCGGCACCUGAGCCUGCCGGUGCCCGCGGAGACCCCGUCGCACUGGAACCUUCCCUCGAGCGGCGCGCUGGAGCUGGACUACGCCUCCAGCCAGCGUCCCAGCGGGGCGGCGCAGCCGCUCGCUGGGGACACGUUCCGCAACGUGCUCGUGAUGCUGAACGGGACCAAGUGCGCGAGCGCCGAGAUGCUGGCGAGCUUGAGACAGGUCGCGGACCAGGUGUUCCUGAAGUGCAUGCAGCUGCGGGAGAUCAUGGGCCUCUUCAGCAGCGAGGUGGACCGCGUCGAGCUCUUCACGAUCCUGUGCGUCCGCAUCGUGGACAUCCGGCCGCCGCUCGCCGCGCGGGCCCGCCCCCCCCCUAGAUGGGGCAGGCUGGGGGUGG